AUGCCGACCGUUCACCUCCUCGACUACGUGGCGGGCAACGUCCGCUCGCUUGUCAAUGCCAUCGAGAAAGUCGGCUACACCGUCGAAUGGGUCAAGUUACCCGCCGACGUGCCCUCCGCAGAAAAGCUCAUCAUUCCCGGCGUCGGCCACUUCGGCCACUGCUUAACGCAACUCGACAAAGCUGGCUACAUCGAGCCGAUACGAGCGCACAUCGAAGCCGGGAAGCCAUUUAUGGGAAUAUGCGUCGGUCUGCAGGCGCUGUUUGAGGGCUCGGAAGAGGAUCCAGAGGUCAAGGGACUGGGCCUGAUUCCCGCACGGCUGAAGAAGUUCCAGGACGAAGAUAAGAGUGUGCCGCAUAUUGGGUGGAAUAACGCCAAUACGUCGCGGACCGGCGAGGUCACGGAUGAAUCGCUCUACGGACUACGACCGAGCUCGAAAUACUACUACGUGCACUCCUAUGCGGCACCGUACACAGAUGGUGAAUUAGAGAAGGCUGGCUGGACAGUUGCUACUGCGCGGUACGGGAAUGAAGAGUUCGUUGGAGCUGUGGCGCGAGACAACGUCUUCGCAACCCAAUUCCACCCCGAGAAGAGCGGCGCUGCAGGCCUCAGAGUCAUAAAAGCAUUCCUCGAUGGCACGAAGUCACAAAAGCUACCAGAGAAGCCACCCGCGUCGGCAACGAAAGAAGGCUUGACGCGCAGAGUCAUCGCCUGCCUCGACGUCCGCACAAACGAUCAAGGAGAUCUCGUAGUAACAAAAGGCGACCAAUACGACGUGCGAGAAAAAGACGGCGUCAGCACCGGCGGUGCAGUCCGCAAUCUAGGCAAACCCGUCGACAUGGCGAAAAAGUACUACGAGCAAGGCGCCGACGAAGUCACUUUCCUCAACAUAACCUCCUUCCGCAACUGCCCCGUCGCCGACACGCCUAUGCUCGAGAUCCUCCGUCGAACAAGCGAAACCGUCUUCGUGCCCCUGACAAUAGGCGGUGGAAUAAGAGACACUGUAGACACGGACGGGACUAAGAUCUCAGCACUGGAUAUUGCGACUAUGUACUUCAAGUCUGGCGCCGACAAGGUAUCCAUUGGCUCUGAUGCUGUCACCGCUGCGGAGGAAUACUACGCGAGAGGCAAGAAACUCACCGGGGCCACUGCUAUCGAAACUAUCUCCGCCGCCUAUGGCAACCAAGCGGUGGUCAUCAGCGUCGACCCCCGCCGCGUCUACGUCCAUUCACCUUCCUCCACGCCACACCAUACUAUCCGUACCAAAACCCCAGGCCCCAACGGCGAAGAAUACUGCUGGUACCAAUGCACUAUCAAAGGCGGGCGCGAGGGCCGUGACUUUGAUGUAAGGCAGCUGGUCACAGCCGUGGAGGCCAUGGGCGCGGGAGAGAUCUUGCUGAACUGCAUAGACAAGGAUGGGACGAAUAGCGGAUUUGAUCUCGAGCUUAUCAACGAUGUGAAGGAAGCGAUUAAGAUCCCGGUUAUCGCGAGUAGUGGCGCGGGGAAUCCGGGGCAUUUUAAUGAAGUGUUUGCGCAGACGAGGACGGAUGCCGCGUUGGGGGCUGGCAUGUUCCACAGAGGAGAGUACACGGUCAAACAGGUUAAGGAGUAUCUACAAGAGAAGGGACAGCUGGUGCGACAAUUCGAAGAGGCCAUAUAAAAGACCUCGUGAAAGCUCGAUUCUAGCAUAAUCUUGAUAUCCCGUAGAACGCCGUGUU